ACAGAGGUCUCCCGUGACCCUCCUUAGUAACAUUCAGCUGCUGGAGUUUACCCGACUCUCUGAGGACGCCUCUUAAAGUCUCAUCAUGGGAAAACAGAAGGUCUUCCUGGACAAGCUUUUACACACCUGCCAUAUCCGCAACUUGCUGAUACGUCAGGCUCUGGCUGAAUGCCUGGGAACACUGAUCUUGGUGAUGUUUGGUUGUGGCUCUCUGGCCCAGCUGGUGCUCAGCAAUGGGUCCCAUGGGCUGUUCAUUACCGUAAACUUCGCCUUCGGCUUUGCUGCUACUCUUGGGAUCUUGGUAUGUGGACAGGUUUCAGGAGGACAUAUAAACCCUGCUGUGACAUUUGCCUUGUGCAUACUUGGGAGAGAACCUUGGAGGAAGUUUCCAAUAUAUUUCUUAUUUCAGACUAUAGGUGCCUUCCUGGGUUCAGGAAUAGUUUAUGGAAUGUACCAUGAUGCAUUGUGGGAAUUUAACCCAGGUAUGCUCAGGGUUGAAGGAGACAAUGCCACUGCAGGAAUCUUUGCUACAUACCCCUCCACACACCUGACGAUGAUCAACGGCUUCUUUGACCAGAUGAUUGGAACUGCCGCCCUCAUUGUGUGUAUUCUGGCCAUUGUGGAUCCAUACAACAACCCUAUUCCUCAUGGGCUAGAGGCCUUUACGGUGGGCUUUGUAGUGCUUGUCAUCGGCUUGUCCAUGGGUUUCAACUCUGGGUAUGCCGUCAAUCCUGCCAGAGACCUGGGUCCUCGUCUCUUCACUGCAAUGGCUGGCUGGGGUGCAGAGGUCUUUACGGCUCAGUCUUACUGGUUCCUUGUACCGAUAUUUGCACCUUUCCUGGGGACAAUAUUUGGAGUUCUGGUUUAUCAGUUCAUGGUGGGCUUCCAUGUAGAGGUAGAGGCCCGAGAGAAGGCACAGAACGAAGCAGAGAGAGUGAACCUGUCCAACAUGAACUCCAAGGAAAUGGCGUGAGGCACCCUUGUACCUUAUAUUCUGGCCAUCGUCACAAUAACUCAAAUAACUGUCUAUCCUGGUAUUAUCCCUUAAUGUGGUACGUUCAUUGAAACUGGUAGAGAAAAAAAAAAACUUCAUUGAACUUUAAGGUCUCCCGAAGUAGAAACAUUUGUGUGAAAAUGCACUUGCCUAACUAACACAGUUUGCCAUCUGUGCUUCAUUCAAAUUGCAAUGUUACUUUAAUAGUAAACCAACCACCGCUCAUUAACUGAAGACCUGGAGGGCUACUAUGCUCAUAAAGUGCUGGUGAUCUAAUGGGGAGAUAUUAAGCAUGUUCAUGUGUACUCUGGCUUAAGAACAUAAGAAAUUUGCAAAUGAGAGCAGGCCAUUCAACCAAUAAAGCUCGUUUGGGGAGAACUUAACUAACAGCUCAGAGUUGUUAAAAUGUUAUCUAGCUCUGAUUUAAAGGAACCCAGGGUUUUAGCUUGCACUACAUUAGCAGGAAGACUAUUCCAUACUUUAACUAUACGCUGUGUAAAGAAAUGUUUUUCUCAAAUUCAGUUGAAAAUGUUCUCCCGCUAAUUUCCACCUAUGGCCACGAGUUCUUGCCUUAUUGUUGCCUUUAUCCUAACUGCAGUUUGUUGUAGCCUGGUUUCAGUAGGGGAUCUGAUGUCUAAAGCUUUUGCUGUAUGCAGUUAUGAAUUAUGAACAGAUGGAUGUCUGUAAAUUUUACAAUCCAUGCAUUUUAUUGCUUGUUGUCAUUUCAUAUUCUUUUUUAUUUUAGGUUUUUAUAUCUUUCAUAUUAAAGUGCCUACAUUUAAAAUUAGUUACUAAUUAAACUGUUUUGCAUAAUAUGCCAAAAAAAUUUA